UUUGUUUUCCUUGUUCGACAGAUGACACGCACGUUGUGUUGAAUAGGGGAUCCUGUCAUAACCGGUUCUUAUCUUUCUUUGACACAUUUUGGUUGUCGACUUUUGACGGAACAUGGUGUCAACAGGUUGCAAAGCAGGCGGUGUCAUCACCAUACUUGUUGUAAUAGCUGCAUAUUUGUUCAAGCGUCAAGCAGACGAAGCAUUGCGAGAGCGGGUACAUCAAGUGUUGUCCGGGUUACUGCGGGCCGAAAGAAAGGUUCCGCAUCCAAAGUUCCGGGUCGCAAUCGGAUUUGGAGGAUGUCAAGAUUUAGUUGCUGAUGGCCUAGAAUUGUUGGACAAAAUGCACAUUGGUCCACCAGACAACCCAACCCAUUUCCAUUCGGUUGACAAUACAACGGAACUUGCACAGUUGAUGGGGUUCUUCUUCAGGCACGGAGCUGCUGCAGAGCGAUACAUUUCCAACGAAACACUGUUCAAGGAGCUAGUAGCCAAGGCAGACAGUCUGUCACAUCGGGUGUGGGCACUGGGAGGUAAUGCCCCAGUCAUGGCUAACAGAUUAGCUAGAGAAGGAUUGGAUGUACUGCUUGGAGCGAGACUUACUCCCAACAUGGCAAAAGCACUUGAUUCAAGUAUUAAAGUGACCGGGAAGGAAACCUCGUCGGAGGACGUCCAUCUCCUUAUGGAAUAUAAGGCAGGGGCCACGUGGGGACAGUACACAGCACCGCGGGCCAACAGACUGAUCGUACACAGUGACUCGUUGAACCCCUUUCUAGAUUCUCUGGAGGAGUUUCAGGAACAGCUCAAAACAUACAAUGCCGACCUGCUGAUUGUCGGUGGGCUCCAAAUGAUGGACAACUUCCCGUUUAAAGAUGGAAAAAGACAAGAAAGAGUGAAGAAAUUAGAAUCAACUCUUGCAAACGUUCCUCAAAAGACCCAGAUUCAUUUUGAGCUGGCAUCCUUCACAGACAAAAGCCUCAUGGAGGAGAUAUAUGAAAGUGUGGUCCUCUACUCAGACUCACUCGGGAUGAACGAACAGGAACUGCCGAACCUCGUGAGUAUGAUGACAGGUGGGAACGUCACGCUUCUCUCUGACAGCCAUCCCAGAAUAGCAACAUCCCUCGACCAGAUGAGGUUGGUCUACAACAUCCUGAAAAACACCAAAGAGACCGGGGGACGAAGAAAACUAACACGCAUCCACUUACAUACUCUUGCCUACCAAGCAAUCCUUACGAAAAAAGGCACAGCAUGGAAAAACACAAUGUCUGCUGCGGCCAAGGCUGCCCUCACUGCUCAUCGCCAUGUCUGCGGGUCUCAGUAUAUUCAUGUGGAGAAAGCCAAGUUGAUAGUGGAUGAUUCAUUUUCAUCCAGUAAAAGUGAUCCCAAGCCACAAAGGAUCCCCAUCAAGGAUAAUCGUCCAGUCACCUGUUGGGACGAGGAGGACUAUGAGAUCUGCAUUGCGCCGGUGCUGGUGUGCACGCAGGUGUUGCAGACAGGGGGUGGCGGGGACAACGUCUCAUCAGCUGGUCUGGUACUGCAGCUGUAGAGAGAACCCUUCCUUAUCCUAACCACCAUACUUACAUUGCAAUAAUUUACCAUAACACUUUGCUAUUAUGUGCCCACCUGUUCCCAAGUGCUUACAUGUGAUUGCCAAAUGAAGUAAGACAAUAACCAAAAAAUAAAACUUUAAUAAGAUUUAUAAAAAUAUGAAAGUGAGCAUUAGUAAAUGAAUAUGUUCAUUCAUAUUCAUAUUCAAAACAAUUUUAGUUAACCAAAAGCGUAUAUAUGUUAUAUUUCAUAUCUGUUUUUAAUCAAAAACAAUUUCUUCAAAAUGACCAUUAUGAACCAUUCCUUGUUUGUGAACUAUGUAUAGUAAGGAGAUGUGUUGUUGAUUAAUAUUGUCUUUGUAUAGAUCAUUUCUAGAGGUGCUAGCUUUCAGAUCUAAUUAUGAUACAUAUCCAGCCAUGCUUUAUGACACUGUUAUGAAAUCCACUGAUGUUUUAAUGCAAAAUGUUCACCACAGCUCCUUAUUUUCCAAUAUUCCGAACUUUCAUUUGUCAUGCAGCAACAUCGACGUGUGGUAUUGGUUUAUUUAUGAAUGUGGAAGAUACCCUGGAUACCUGGUGGGAGGUAUUAGAACAUACUACAUUCCUGAAGACUGUCACAAGGACGGUGGAGAUGCAGAGGAAGCGACUGAAAUAGUAGUCAAAUAAUCAGUUAUGGAAUACUUACAAAUGUUGUAUAAAAUACAGCAUUGAUUUGGUUCACUAUACAUCUAUUUCAAUAUGAGCAUGGCACCUUUCAUCAGAAAAUAACUAGAUAUGUUGUUACAAAAAUGCUAAAUUCGUAAUGAGAUAUAUAUCAUACAGUGCUUGAUAUAUAUCAGGUGGACAUAUGUAUUUCAUUUUGAUGAAUGUUGAAACAUGUUGUAGAAUGAAUCCUGAAUAUUGUGUCAGAAACUGAUAAGUCAAGUAGGGGCAGUCUUAAGGGUCAAGUAGGGUUUCAGUCUUAAACUUGGCUCUGAGUAUACAAAUUAGAUAAAUGUGCAUCACAGCCAAUAGUUAACUUCAGUACAAGAGCUACUGUAUGUUAUGUUGUGCUAGUUAACUUGUUAUAGGGAUGAUAUAAAAGGCUGUUGUGUGUUAGUUGUGCAGUGUGGAGCAGGUGCUUGAUCUGGUACAGUCGAGUGUAACACAGAUAACAUGAUAAUGACAUUUGUGGGGCUGUAUUAUAGCUGCUGUUUGUUGCUGGUAAUAUAUCCUGUGAUGUGAGCAGGUUCCUGAUCUACUACACAUCUAGUGUAACGCUGAUAAUUACAUGAUGAUAACAUUUAUUGGCUUGUAUAGCAUCUACUGUUUGUUGGCAUGCAAUGCAUUUUCACAGUGAUAAACAGGGCAACAUUAAA